CUUGAGGUUAGGUUCUCCACAUAAAUGAAAUUUCUAAUGUUUUGGUUUAUUUUAUUUAAUACAAUAAAUGAAUGGCCUCUUUCAGUUAAGUUUUAAUCCAUUGGCACCAUGCAAAUUGUUGCGACGUAGCGAAUUACUAAAGUAACUAGUAGUUAUAAGUUUCAUUUUAACCGUUUGCUGAUAUUCAUUAUCUCCAAUAAGUAUAGUGUUCAUGUAUCCGUCUUCACCAUCCUCGUACUGCAAAUUGUAAUGUACAGAUUGUAAUAAUUUCCUUCUCGAUUUCCAUUCAAUGACCAAUAUGUUGAAGUCAUUUUUUAAAACCCUCACCCUUUCAACCCCCAGCAUAUAUUCAGUUGCAUACAAACAAAACAAGUCAAAACUCAGGCAUCUGACAGCUGUUUUCUUUGGUUCUGGUGUUAUUCUGUACAGUCUCCAGAAAAAUGAAGCUCGGAUGGCUAAUAUUAACAGCAAAUCCCACAAUUUCAUGGCUGAGCCAAUCACUAGCUGGGAUGUUUUGUCUUCCAGAGAAGAUGACAUGAAAACUAAAAUGGAGCUUUUCAUCAUGAAAGUUCAGGCAGAUUUUUGCCGAUCCUUGGAGGCUGAAGAGGAGUCUGAUAAAAAAUUCAUUGUUGAUCGCUGGGAGCGGAAGGUCGGAGGUGGUGGUAUUACUUGUAUACUGCAAGAUGGACAGACUUACGAAAAAGCCGGUGUAAAUAUAUCUGUUGUGCAUGGCACUCUUCCUGCCAGCGCUGUGCAACAAAUGCGAGCCAGAGGCAAAAAGUUUCAUAGUGAUAAGUUGCCAUUUUAUGCAGCUGGGGUGAGUUCUGUGAUUCACCCACGGAAUCCAAUGGUGCCUACAGUCCACUUUAAUUACCGGUACUUUGAGGUCACUGACGAUGAUGGCUCAACACAGUGGUGGUUUGGUGGGGGCACUGACUUGACUCCAUACUACCUGAAUGAAUCAGAUGUAGUUCAUUUUCAUCGAACAUUAAAAGAAGCCUGUGAUAAACAUGAUGAUAGUUAUUAUCCUAAAUUCAAGAAAUGGUGCGAUGAUUAUUUCUUCAUCACUCAUAGAGGUGAAAGGAGAGGAGUUGGAGGCAUCUUCUUCGAUGACAUAGACCUACCUGCUCAAAACAAGGUGUUUGAAUUUGUCAAAUCGUGUGCUAAUGCUGUUAUACCUUCAUAUGUGCCUUUGGUUAAAAAACACAAAAAUGAUGGAUAUGGCUAUCAUGAAAGACAAUGGCAACUGCUGCGUAGAGGACGUUAUGUAGAAUUCAAUUUAAUUUACGACCGAGGGACGAAGUUUGGUUUAGCCACUCCAGAGGCUCGCUAUGAAAGUAUUCUAAUGAGCCUGCCCUUAACAGCGAGGUGGGAAUACAUGCAUGCUCCGGAACCUGGAACUGAGGAGGCAAAAUUGAUGGAAGUACUACGAAACCCUAAAGAUUGGGUCAAAAUAUAGAGAAACCGUAUGUUGUGAACAAUUUCUUGAAUCUUUAAAUGAUGCAAGAUUCACAUUCUUCAGGAAGCCUCAACUCUAUGUUUCUCUUUACAGUAUUGCAAAGUAAUAAAGCGUAUCAUCAUUGUAAUGGUCCUAGACUAAUUUCAAAUCCUGAGAUGCUUUUUUAAACAGAAACUUCUCAGUAUGUAGUUCUUUCAAGGAGGAAGACAACUACCGUACUGAAUAAAAUUUAAUAAUCACUGAAAGAAAAAAACGAAACAAAGAUGGUUUGUGACCUCCAAACAUGGCUGUGUAGUUCAUUUUUGUUCACUGAUUAUAAUUUUUGCUGGCUUAAAAGCAAAUGCUCAUCAAAAUAAACAAAAACGACUUAUGCUACGA